AUGGGACAAUUAGAGAGUGCUAUUGUAAAGGAAAAGCCAAACGUCAAGUGGGAUGAUGUCGCAGCUUUUACUGGUAAAAGAACGCCAUGGCGAGGUAUUUUACUCUAUGGACCUCCUGGUACCGGUAAGAGCUAUCUUGCCAAAGCUGUUGCCACAGAAGUUGGAUUAACAUUCUUUUCUGUCUCUGCUGCAGAUUUAGUUAGUAAAUGGCAAGGAGAGUCAGAAAAGUUGGUACGAUCGUUAUUUGAUAUGGCCAGACAAAACAAACCAAGUAUAAUAUUUAUUGACGAAAUUGACAGUAUGUGCAGCUCUAGAGGAGAGAAUGAUAACGACAGUACUCGUAGAAUUAAGACCGAAUUCCUCGUGCAGAUGCAAGGUGUAGGCAAGGACGACAAUGGAGUUUUAAUUUUGGCAGCAACAAAUAUUCCAUGGGGCCUUGAUCCUGCCAUCAGAAGAAGAUUUGAAAGACGUAUUUAUAUUCCUCUACCUGAUAUGCAAGCAAGAAUCGCCAUGUUUAAGAUUCACAUUGGAAAAACUCCAAAUACUCUUAAGAAGGAAGAUUUUGAAGAAUUAGCAUCUAUGACUGAUGGAUACUCUGGGUCUGAUAUUUCUGUUUUAGUUAGAAAUGCAUUGAUGGAACCAGUUCGUACUUGCCAAUUGGCCACACAUUUCAAGAAAGUUUCAGGAGUUUGUCACUUGACUGGCCAAAUGUGCGAUGACAUGUUAACACCAUGUUCACCUGGAGAUCCAAAUGCCAUUGAAAUGACUUUGAUUGAUGUACCUUCUGACAAAUUAUUACCACCAGAUGUCACAAAAGAGAUUUCAUUAAGGCACUACGAACAGCCAGACCAUCGGUUUCUAAAGAUGACUUACAUGCCUAUGACAAAUUUACGAACGAUUUUGGACAGGAGUGUUGAGGACUCUUGA